CCGAGGCCCUGAGGGGAAGCCGGUGUCUGCGGUGAUCCCUGGGAGCCCAGGCCUCCAGGCCCGGGCAGCAAUCACUAAAUUCCCGCGUCCUUUUCGCGCUGCUAGGUGAGGUCUCCCACAGGGAAGUUUUUCCUGCUUGACUUCGACCUUUAACCCUUCUACCAGCGAGCGUCUCCUAACCCACCCAAAACUACAGUUCCAGAUAGCAAGGUCCAGAAAAAAGGUCAAGAUGGGGUUUAUGUUUUCAAAAUCUAUGAGUGAAAACAUGAAAAAUCAACAGGAAUUCAUGCUUAUGAAUGCUCGACUCCAGCUGGAAAGGCAGCUACUGUUGCAGAAUGAAAUGAGGGAAAGACAAAUGGCUAUGCAGAUUGCUUGGUCUCGAGAAUUCCUCAAAUAUUUUGGGACAUUUUUUGGCAUUGCAACCAUCUCUUUAGCCACUGGAGCAAUAAAACAAAAGAAGCCCGUCUUCUUCAUCCCUAUAGUUCCAUUAAGCUUUAUUUUCGCCUACCAGUAUGAUUUGGGCUAUGGAACACUUCUACAAAGAAUGAAAGGUGAAGCUGAAGACAUACUGGAAACAGAGAAGAGUAAGCUGCAGCUGCCGAAAGGAACGAUCACUUUCGAAAGCCUUGAAAAAGCUAGAAAGGAACAGAGUAAAUUUUUCGUAGACAAAUGAAACCAGGUUUACUCACUGUAUCUCAAAGCACAAAAUUAUUGGCUUGAAUCAUGAUUUUUACAACUUUUUAAAUGCUCAAGAUUUUGAUAUAAUGGAUUUUAUUUUAAAAUAUUAAAAUGCAAGGUGAGGUUUAUGGGACUAUUUUAAAAUAAAAUAUAUGACAUUCAACACAAAAUCAUGUAGGUACUGUAACUUUCAGAUUGUCUUCAUGCAUAUCACAGAUGUCUAAAUGUAAAAUUAAUAAAUUAUUUUGUUUUGAACUUCUGGAA